AUGGCGACCGAAACCGCACCUGUUAACGGCUUGUACGGGGCAAACCAAUAUGGCCAGCCUGCUGAACUUGCCGCCUCCACUCCCUCUGCGCCAACUCACGCUCCCUCCGCGUCUCAAAGUACUACCACCUCCACCACCACUCAGCAGAAGGCAGACCCGCAAGAGAUUGGCUGGUACUUUGUGGAGCAAUAUUAUACAACUCUGUCCAAGAGCCCAGAAAAGAUCCACCUGUUCUACUCCAAGAAGUCACAGCUAGUCACGGGUGUCGAGGCUGAGAAAGUUGUUCCUGCUGUCGGGACAAAGGCAAUCAGCGAGAAGAUUAAAGCCCUUGAUCUCCAAGACUGCAAAGUGCGCGUCCUCAAUGUCGACUCUCAGGCCUCGUACAACAACAUUGUGGUCCAGGUCAUUGGCGAGAUGUCCAACAAAUCAGAGCCGCAUCACAAGUUUGUACAGACUUUCGUCCUCGCUGAACAACCCAACGGCUAUUUCGUCCUAAACGAUAUCUUCCGCUACCUCAGUGAUGAUGAGGAUGAGAUUGUUGAAGAUGAACAACCUCAGGCAGAAGUCCCUGCGGAAGAGCCACCCACCCCUGCCGGAGGUGUGACAGAUUCUCAGUCUCAUCAUGAGGACGUCGUUGCCACUGAGGACGCUGUUGAGAAGGUCGACGAGAAACUUGAGGAAGAAAAGGUGGAAGCAGCACAAGAAGAAGAACCAGCCGAGGUCAAUGGCGAUGUUGUUCCGGCUCCCGCUGAAGAAGCUGCCGAAGUUCCAGAGCUCUCAUCUGCGACAGAGGGCGCUGUCACCCAAGAAAUCACUGAACCUGUCGCAACCGAGCAGCCUUCUGAACCCGAAGCCGUUGCUGCUGCUGAACCCGUCCCCGAGGCUGCUGCACCCGCUCCAACUCCUGAAGCACCCCCUGCGAAGAAGACCUGGGCCAGCAUGUUGGGAGGUGGUGUGCAGAAGCCAGCUGUUCCCGCCCUGCCUUUGACUCCUCCGCCACAACCAAAAGCUCCCCGACCUUCACAACCUGCACAAGCUCCCAAGCCCCCGGCAGAACCUGUGCCAGGAACCGCGAACACCACUUCCAGCACCCCGACCUCACAGAGCAAUGGCUGGCAGACUGCAGAUCACAGCAAGAAGAGUAGUCGGCCACCGAACAGAGUUGUCUCGGAGGGGAUCACAAUGGCGUACAUUAAGAACGUGAACGACAAAGUUGAUGCUAGGAUCCUCAGAGACGUUCUCGAGAAGUAUGGCGAUCUCAAAUAUUUCGACGUGUCACGACCUAGGAACUGUGCCUUUGUCGAGUUUGCUGAUCCUGCCGGUUACGCUGCUGCCGUCGCUGCCAAUCCUCACACUAUCGGUACUGAACAGAUAUAUGUCGAAGAGCGUCGUCCCCGUCCCAAUGCAUAUGGCGGCAGCAAUGCCAACUUCAACCGCGGUGGAGGACCUCCCAACCGUGGCCGGGGUGGCAUGCAGGGCGGUCGAUCCGGAAGCCAGACCAACUUUCCCAAGGACGCCGGACGUGGUGGUGGAUUUCAACGAGGUGGAAAGCCUGGUACUGGCACUGUCACUCCCAAAGGACGUGGUCAAGGCCAGACUGCCUAA